AUGAUGACUUCUGUAAUACUUUAAACUCUACAAAAAAAGAGAACUUUUUAAUAUCCUUUAUGCAAUAAUAACUUGGAGACUCUUUAUCAACUUGCCAUCAUAACUGCUGAUGAUUUGCAAACAAUCUAAGAGUAAUAAUAAUUAUCAAAUUUAUCAUAGUGUUUACUAAUAAGAAAUCAGGAGGCUUUUAUCAUGUCCAUGUCCGAGAUAAUAAUAUAUGUCCUUCUUUUAAUAAUGCCUCCACAUUAAUUACCUGAGUUGUUUGAAGUAGAAAUUGAUGUUCUGA